AUGCUUGAGAAUAAUACAGAGACUCAGACUUUCCGUCUGGGCGGUUUGCAGCAUGCUCUGGGCACAGGUGGGUUUACCACUUCAGGCUACAUACAUGCACUUGUGGAUUCCAAUUCAAACACGUACUCAAACUCAAAUUCAAACUCAAACUCAAACUCAAACUCAAACUCAAACUCAAACACUAACUCAGAUAGCAGGGUUCCCGUAGUACAAAUAUCUGAUGACUCUCAUUUGACACACGAUAGCUUCAAACCAUACAUGGAGUACCACGACACUUCGUGUUUGCGGAACCGCAACAUUAAUGGAGCUGAUAGGGCUGACGACACUGGAGUGAUAGAGCAGUUUACCCAAUGGUCCAAUUAUAAGAGGAGUUCCCACCCUGUCAAUACAGAUACAAAACCUAUCCGCCACACCUCACAACGAAGGACGGACUUUACCAGCAAGAAUGAACUAUCCAAGUUCAGCAAGAAUCAUAAUUUUAUCUUUCACAAGGGGUUUUUGAAGAGGCAACACUCAAUACGCAGGGAAGACCGGCAAGCAAAGGUGCGGUCAAAAUUUAGGAGCAAGAAGGAGCUGGCAUCUGUCUUGAAUUACAUAGAACUGGAAGAAAUGGAUAUUGCAGAAGUCCUGACCUCGCAAUCGGUAAAUUUACACGCCAUCAGGAACAUCACAAGCAGGAACCCCGCAGUAACCGCUAUUCCGCUUUUGAGAAACCACAUAUAUGCCAUCGGUGGUCGUCCUCUGUACUCGAGAAAUCACUCUAUGCGUAGAAAACUACCCAAGUCACAACCAGCCGGUUUCUCGACAACGACGACCUCCACAAUGCAGAACCCGACGAGCUCAACAAGGUCUGUUUACAACAAGAGUUUGGGGCGAUCCAACACCUCCCCUAGUGUGUUGUGCCACCCAAGAAGGAGAGCGAAACUGAAUCCUAACAUACAGACAAGAAAGGAGCAGCUACUGCUGCAAUUGUGGAGAGAAUACUUAAUGCUUGUUGUAACGCAGAGAGCGCAAUUGCGGCUAACUUUUCUCUGCUCUCCAGGUUCAGCAUCCAAUCAGAGCUCUCCUCGCUCUUCUAACUCUUUUAACGCCAGUGACCUAGACAUAUCCCUUUUGUCCACCACUCCAACGCUGAUUCAUCAAAUGGCAGGCCAAACUAAAAGCAACCCUAUAAUCAUACCCGAUAGUCAAAACGACAAUAUUCAUGGCAACAACAUCUACUAA